UUAGACUGUACUGCACUGGGGAGCUAAAUAUGGAAAUCCGGAUAUUAUUAAGGCGUUUGCGGGAAAGUACAAAGUUGAUGUUAACGGAAAAACGGUAUGGGGAUACACACCACUACAUAUUUCGGCACAAUUUGGACACAAGGAUGUAUUUAAGCUGUUGAUAGAAGUUUAUAAAGCAGAUCCAGGCAUGCGCGACUACAGCGGCCGCACGGCGGACUACUACUUUUUGGCGAAGGAGCAAAAACAGGGCCAGAUCGUAACGAUGCGCAAGAUAAAGGGAAGGAAAAAGCAAUCAGAUAAAGAAGGAUUUUUGAGGAUCGGAUCUUUAAACGUGCGAGUAAAGAAGACCACAGAAGCUUUCAGCAAUUUUCUGGGAGUGGGAAGCGGAGCCAGCGUUACGCCACUGGAUUCGGUCGAUGAAAAACUACUUAAAGGAUGGGGAUCAGUUGAUAAUGUCAACAAAGAAGGGACUCUAAAGAACUACGGCACGAAGAAAAAGUCGAAGAAGAGCUUCGAUUCCGGAGGAAGCAGCACCAGUACACCGGGCACACCAAAAACUCCGAUAAAAAUGUUCAAUUCGAUGCAUUGCAACGAUUCCGAUUCUGAUACAGCAGCCGGCUUUGAUUCCAAUUGGAAAAAUUAA